GCUGAUUUUAGAACGCGCCGAGGUUUUCGUAGUCGAAGGUAGUUCGUAUUCACAGUUAGAAAUUAAGACAACAAAAGUCAUUUUGAGAAUUCGAGUGAUAAUAACUUGUUUACGGUAAUGUGUACAACUUGAUGGUGUUUAUUUGUGAAAAGGCAACGUUUUAUAAUUUUGUACAAUGCCAAGCAAGAAAAAAAAAUACAAUGCUCGUUUCCCAGCGGGACGUAUCAAGAAGAUCAUGCAGACGGACGAAGAAGUAGGAAAAGUUGCUCAAGCUGUUCCUGUCAUAAUCUCUAGAACUCUAGAGUUAUUUGUAGAAUCAUUGUUAACGAAAACAAUGCAAAUAACGAGUGCCAAAAAUGCCAAAACUCUUAGUCCGUCUCAUAUGAAGCAAUGUAUCCUUUCUGAAAGUCGCUUUGACUUUCUGAAAGACUUGGUGAAGGGACUUCCUGAUGUUACCAGUCCUGACGAUGACGUACCCACACCGCCAGCAACUCCUGCACCUCAGUUGCCUCAUGGGCAAAUAAACCCAGCCAUUUAUCCACCUGUUUCGAGACAUGAUGCGACAGGAAUACCGAAUAUGGUAUCGGCGGUAACCAUUACGCCAAUUCGCCCCAACGCAAGAGAGAACAGAGGGAUUGGAUUUCCCAGUGCUGCUUUGUCAAGCGAAAGUACUAAAACACCAAUCUCGAAUUUUCAAUCGCCGUUGCCUGCAUCGUUUAAUGUUAGCCAACCAAACUUUUACACUGAAGUAAACCCACUCAAUUUGUCAACAAAUUCUAACAGCGUAAAUACAACCUAUAAAUCAACGUCGAAUUACAGCAACACUGCCAAUAUCGAUGAAGACUACGACACGUAGUCAAUUUUCUCACCUAUCGUCAAUCGAUUGCUGCAGUGAGUUCAAUUACAGGCGUGCCAAUGCCUUACACACGCAAAUGAGUUUUUUUAUAAAUUUGUCACUAGUAUCUGGAUUGUAAGUCUACUUAGUAUGUCUGAUUUUACAUACUUAACCGAAUACUCGAAAAUCCGUGAUUAUUGUGAUCAUUUGACUUUAAAGUAUAAGCAUGUGACUUCACCAAAGCCUAAAUAGCAUAUUUGUUACGUGAUAUACUGUAUAAAUUUUUUUCGACCGACUUUUGGAUUUAGCCUUCUCUGAAAGGCUGGCUAUAUAAUUUUUGUUUAUAGCAUUCAAAUUUAUAAAUAGUUGGAGAUAAUCGUAUCUCACUUUGUUAGCCGGUUCUAUAGUAGACUCUGGGUACUAAAACGAUUUGAGUUCUAUUUUCCAAAAUAGAAAUGACUAUACUGACGUGUUACCUACAGAUAAUGUAAUUAAAAUCAAAUGGGUAUAUUAUACAGCGGCACAGCUUGUUUUCGUUACUGCAAUAAUUUUGCACCGAAAUUAUUCACGAAGAGACUAAACACAAAUGAUAAUAUAUAACACUUGAUUUCGAUUUAAGCUACUUCUUUUUAUACAUAUUAGAAUUAUGCAAGCGUAUAUAUGUAGAAAUGUAGGCAAUUUGAGUUUUUUGAAGAGUCGAAAGUCUGUUUGUGAGAAUGUUAUUGUAAAUAUCUACUAUAUAUUCGUUGUUAUAGUUCUAUUUAAUAGUAGAUUUCAAACACUGUAUGUAGUAUAUGUCUAGCUAUAGCUUGCGACCUCAAAAUCCAGUCGUAGUUUCUUCGAGCAGGGGGUGUGGUCGAAAUUUGACUCUCUCUUCAAAUAU